UGUGUUCUUCUGGUGAUAUCAGUUUAAACAUGGCUUGCAAGUUGAUCGUGAUUUUGGCAGCUGCCUUCACCGCAAAAGCUGCGAUAGUACAAGUGGCCCCAGCUGCGCAAGUAGUUCAACCUGCAGCAGUAGUACAACCAGCAUCAGUAGUCGUGCCAGCCAGAUUCGAAGAUUACGACGCAGCACCACAAUACACCUUCGCCUACGACGUUCAAGACGCUCUGACCGGUGACUCGAAAGCUCAGUACGAAACCCGAAACGGCGAUAUCGUACAAGGAAGCUACAGCCUGAUUGAACCCGACGGUACCAGAAGAAUCGUCGACUACACCUCCGACCCCGUCAAUGGAUUCAACGCCGUGGUCAGUCGCGAACCUGCAGCCAUUGCAGUUCCAGCAGCCCCCGCAGUAGAAAUCGCUCCAGCGGUUCCAGUUUCUCCCGUAGCGGCUCCAGUAGCUCCAGUGGCUCCAUUUGGUUUUGCCCCGGGACAAGUCUUUCCUGGUGGACCCGGACCUGCUCCAGCACCUGCUGUUCCCGAAAGCGGACCUGACUCAGAUGUUGAAGUUAUUGACGCAAGAUCUGGACCGCUGAGACGCGAACAAGCCCAGAGAGUUACGGAAGCUCAGCAAAGGUUUGGAAACCGGAUCUCCGCUGAAAGGCAAAACUCUGCUCCUUUGAGAGCUCAAGCUUCUAGGGUGAAUUCUGAAGAAGCAGCUCAAGAGAAUGCAAGAAACGCGCAAGCUCAAAACCAAGCUCAAGCUCAAAAUCAAGCUCAUGCUCAAAAUCAAGCUCAGGCUCAAAAUCAAGCUCAGGCUCCAGUAACUCUUAACUAUCCGCCUUACUCAGCCUACGCUGGAGCUUACUCAUCACCUUUGGCAUUCACUGCUCCAGUUGCUGGUCUCACUUACACCAAUCUAAACUUCUGAGCUUUGAUAUGAUUUUUUAUAGAUAUUUUGUACAUAUUAUCAAACGGGAGGUACUGCAAUUGUAUUGAACUGUCAAUAAAUCAUUUGUAAGCUAUUGUAAUAA